AUGGCUGGAUCACAUGCGAAGCAGAGCCGACGUCGUGGAGUUCUCGAGCAUAUCGCUGCCCGGUCUUCGGUGCGAAAGUUCGUGCGCGGCCACGCGCAAGAGCAUCCCCUAACCUGGUACCGAAGUUGCUGCAGUUCGCUGCCAGCUGACAACACUUCUGGACGUGACCCUCCUACUUUUCAUGAUGGCGACCUUCGUGGAGUUGAUCUGUUUCUCGUACCCAAAAUUGGCGAGACGGAAUUGCAGUUGUGCUGCUCCACGCACUUUCAGAGUGGAAGAUACAGCACGAAAGGACGAAAGCAAGUCCGAAGUCUUCACGCAGAUGGAGUCGCCGUCCAUGAAAGCUCGCCGCUGCCGGCAGGGCCGGGGCUCAACAGGUGCCGAUUGGCAGUUGCCAUCCGGGACUCUGGGAUACUCUGGGCGCAUGUGGUGCACAAGGGACGAGAUGCCAGGAAGACGGGUUGCGAGCGUGAUCAUGCGCAGGACAGACAUGUCGAUGUCGACGACGUCGAUCUCGCCGACCCUUCGAUCUUGGAGGAUCCCACGGUGGAUUUGGCCCAGCUGGAUGAUGCAACAGUCAAGCAGACUGGGUUGAAGGGACACAGCCUCCGGCGUCGUUUUGAAAGUCCUCUGGCAGAGUUGGCUCAGUCGCGUAGCCUCGAAAUGAAGCGCAGAGAGGUUGUGAAGGCCCGUCAUGGUGACAGUAACUUCCUGGAGAAGGAGGACAAGCAGGGGGAGAAGGCGCUGAAAGCCCUGCGGCCCAUCGCUGUCGAGGCCGAUCCCUUCUUCAGCAUCCAGGCCAUGGAGACGAUGCUUGGGCACCAGCGUAUGGAGAUGCACCGGCUGAUCCACGGUUACCAUGAGACGGCCAUGCGAUUCCUACUGCGGAAAGAGGAGGACUGGCGACGUUCUGAAAUGGAAGCUAAGGACUUGAAGUCUCAGAACGAGGCCUUGAAGAAAGUUGCUGGGAGUGGUGGCUUGGGCUUGGACUCGCCCGUCGGGAGCAAGGGGAGCAAGGAUCUUUUCGGCAGUGGCGACAGCAAAAGUACCUUCGUUCUGAAUGUUCAACUGGAGAAGACCCGCGAGCAGCUGUUGGAGUGCGAGAAGCAGCAUCGCUUCGUGCAGGCGGAGAACUUCGAGCUACGAGAGCAGCUUGCGGCCAUGCAGGCCGUUGGAGCCGGUUAUGGUGGAAUUCUCUCACAAAAUGUGCAAAGUCCCAUGUGGAAUGACAUGAGCUGGGCAGUUCCAAAUGCCGAUUUUGCACCCCCCAUGCACGAAAAGACGGCAGAUGGCCUGCCUGUGAAAGGCACCGUCACAUCCUUUCUGGAGAAGCUGAGUACCACGCAGAACAACCCGCUGGACCGUCUGGAACGGGCGCAGUCGAAGCUGGAUGCCUGGGCCGCUUCUCAUCAUCCACGUCCGGACCCGGCGUUGCAGGGCUUAGCGGCCUCCGUAGACUACAGCACCAUGGAGCUGCCGGGGACCGAUGAUUUGCGCCCAGAGAUCGAGGACAAGGCCACUACCAACGACCAGGAAGACGAGGACAUAGCCAUCGGAUACAUCCGCUCAGGCAAGAAAAAGAAGAAGAAGGACAACAAGCGCCGGAGCCUCAUGAUGAAAGACCGGGUCCAGGAGCUCUUCGACAAACCCAUAAAUGUGAAGGACAAGUACAAGACCACAGGCAUCACGCAGAAAAUUGUUCGCAGCCCAUGGUUUGAGAACACCUGCAUGGCCGUCAUCUUCCUGAAUGCCAUUUGGAUUGGCAUUGAGAUGAGCUUCAACCCGGCAGAGGUGUUGGCGUAUGCCGAGCCUCCUUUCAUUAUCGUCGAAAACCUCUUCUGUGUGUUCUUCUUUGCGGAGAUCGUUCUGCGACUUCAUGCAUUCUCCAGGAUGUGCAACGCCUUCAGGGACAGGUGGUUUGUGUUCGACCUAACUCUGGUGAUUCUGAUGGUGAUUGAGACCUGGCUCAUGUUCUUGAUUAUGACUGUGUCGACAGACACCUCUCAAACACAGGAGCAG